GGAGCUCCUGGCGGUGCCGGAUCCUGACGGCGGCCUUCCCCUGGGUCUGCUCUCAUGGCCUCAGACCUGUCGUGUUCCUGCAGACACUGAGUUGGUCUUCCUACCAGCAAUUCUUCCUUCUCACCACUGUCAAGCAAAUCCUAUAAGUUCAACAAAUGCAAACUGAGCACUGCCAUAGGUUUAGUACAGUAUUAGGUGGCAGAAAUACACACCAAUUUGAACAUAAGAGGGUUUGGACAGUUAUGCGGCUGCAGUAAGUAGAAUUUGAAGCAAAAGGAAAACAUGUUUUGCAUUAGAAGAUGCAGGUUCCCAACAGCCCGUUGAAGAGAAUGGAGAUGUUUUCCUCUUAAGGCCACGAAGAUUGCAGUUUGGAGGGGGAGGAAAGAGUUAUUUAAUAAAGUAUUUUGAGUGUUAUGAUAGAAGUAUUAUGCUAUGGGUCUAGUAGAUACAACUGUUCUAGUCUAAGGGUCAGGGCCUGUCAGAGGAAAUAAAGGAAUCAGAAUUGGCUAGGAGUAGUGUUCUUAACCAAAGAAGUACCUGAGCUAAGGCUUAGAAUCAAUAGAGUGCUAUCAUGCACCAGGUACUGAGCAAUAUAAGUAAGACCUGGACUCUGCCUUCAGGAGCUGGUGUCCUAUGGACCUUUAUAAGUCAAUGUUAUCGAAGAUGAAAUUAUAAAGAUUGGGCCUCAGGGUCCAGAUGUGGCCAAAAGCAGCUGGUUGUCAUGAUUAUCAACUACAAAGUUGAUGACUGCCCAAAAUUCAAGCUGAAUUUAUUGAUGCACUGAGAUUGUAGAACUAUUUCUCAAGGGUAGACCUGAUAUACCUACAGACCUCACAUAAGACUGGUAUAUAGAUAGAGAGGGCCAGUUUAUUAUUUUUACAAUGGCUGGUAGGCUGGAAUUAUGGUGGAAUGGCUAAUUUAUCUUUCCCUUUAGAGAGACACACAGGAAGCCAAGUUAUCAGAAGAUCAUUUGAAGAGUAUGGAAUCAGAACAUAGGGACUUUCUCCAAAAGAACUGCUAUGUAAAGGGACAAAUAUGCAGAGUUUUGGAAAAGACAUCUUCUCUGUGGUUAAAUGGGUUAUGCCAAUGUUUACCUUAAUUAUUAUUUACUUAAAUAAGUUUAUACUCAAGAGGUUAGUCUUCAUCCAGGAGACGGUGGGAAGUCACAGAAGGAUUUUAGGCAGGGGUUGGAUAUAAUCAGGUCUGUGAUUUCGAAAGAUGAAAUAUGGUGGUGUAGAAGUUGGAUUAGAGGGAAAAGAAGCCGGUAGCCAAGGAACAUUUAUGAAUCAGUUCUAGUCCAGUGAAUGAGUAAUGAUGGAUAAAUAGGGAUAAAGAAGAAAGAACAGAAUCUAGUAAGGAUUAAUUAGAUUCACCUUCUCCCUACUCAGAUUCCCACCAAGUGGCUCAUCUGGUUUUUAUACAUCAAAUAUUUUAUUUACUUUCUAUAUCAAGAAAUGUUUCUGGGGAGUUCAGAUUUGUCCAAAAUGCACAGUAUAAAGACCUGUGCCUUUGACACUGUCCAAACAUUAUCGCUUUAGGUCUGUAACUUUUAUUUUUAUCACAGAAAUACUUGCAUGAAUAAAUUCACAUCACUGCAGUUCUUUAAAAUACAAAGCAAAGAAAAAGAGUGUUUUGUCUUCGAAGAAGCAGGCUUGUAGUGUCGUGCAAAAGAACAUAGCUACUUCAUAAUUACUUGUUGGGAUGUUUUAGUUUGUUUUUGAAACCUGAUAUAGAAUUCUCAUUUGAGAAGCAAAAAAAAAAUGCUCUUGGAGUAACUCAAGCACUGUUCUUGUAUUAAGUAUCUUAGAAAACUGAAUGAAUGCCAAGCCAUUUACACUGAUACAAGUCCACUCCUUAGGUACAAUUGACACUUGAUGUUGGCAAGGAGUAAUUUUUAACAGCCUUUGAAAGCUGCUUCCUCUUUCAAGGAAAAUUUCAUUUGGAUACUCACACAGAGAUAUGACAACACAGAUUUGGUUUUGGAAGGAAAAUCCAGGUUUCUUAAUUGUUUGAAUUUUCUUAAAUUCAUCCUUUUUACAUUUGUGUUCUUUAGGUCUGCGAAAAUGUCUGAAAGAUCAGAUCUCCUUCACUUCAAGUUUGAAAAUUAUGGAGAUUCAAUGUUACAAAAAAUGAACAAAUUAAGAGAAGAGAAUAAAUUUUGUGAUGUUACAGUUCUCAUAGAUGAUAUUGAGGUACAGGGGCAUAAAAUUGUGUUUGCUGCAGGUUCCCCCUUCUUAAGAGACCAGUUUUUACUGAAUGAUUCCAGAGAGGUGAAAAUCUCCAUAUUACAGAGUUCCGAAGUGGGGAGACAAUUGCUCUUAUCCUGUUAUAGUGGUGUGCUGGAAUUCCCUGAGAUGGAACUGGUAAAUUACUUGACUGCUGCGAGUUUUCUACAGAUGAGCCACAUUGUAGAACGGUGCACACAGGCCUUGUGGAAGUUUAUAAAGCCAAAACAACCAAUGGAUAGUAAAGAGGGAUGUGAACCACAGAGUGCUUCUCCCCAGUCAAAAGAACAGCAGGGAGAUGCCAGAGGCUCCCCAAAGCAGGACUCACCUUGUAUUCAUCCAUCUGAAGACAGUAUGGAUAUGGAGGACAGUGAUAUUCAGAUUGUUAAGGUAGAAUCUAUUGGGGAUGUAUCCGAGGUUAGAAGUAAAAAAGAUCAGAACCAGUUUAUUUCUUCUGAACCCACUGCUUUACAUUCAUCAGAGCCCCAGCACUCCCUGAUAAAUUCAACUGUGGAAAACAGAGUAAGUGAAAUAGAACAAAACCACCUCCACAAUUAUGCCCUCUCUUACACAGGCAGUGAUAACAUCAUCAUGGCCUCCAAAGAUGUCUUUGGGCCUAAUAUUCGAGGUGUAGACAAAGGCCUACAGUGGCAUCACCAGUGCCCAAAGUGUACCAGGGUGUUUCGUCACCUGGAGAACUACGCCAACCAUUUAAAAAUGCACAAACUCUUUAUGUGUCUACUCUGCGGCAAGACUUUCACUCAGAAAGGCAACCUUCAUCGACACAUGCGUGUGCAUGCCGGCAUUAAACCUUUCCAGUGUAAGAUCUGUGGGAAAACCUUUUCUCAGAAGUGUUCCUUACAGGAUCAUCUUAACCUUCACAGUGGAGAUAAGCCCCAUAAGUGUAACUAUUGUGACAUGGUUUUUGCACAUAAACCAGUUUUGAGGAAACACCUUAAACAGCUGCAUGGCAAAAACAGCUUUGAUAAUGCCAAUGAAAGAAAUGUGCAAGACCUCACAGUGGAUUUUGAUUCUUUUGCAUGUACAACAGUCACAGACUCUAAAGGGUGUCAGCCACAGCCUGAUGCAACACAGGUCUUGGAUGCAGGUAAACUGGCCCAAGCUGUCCUGAACCUAAGGAAUGAUAGUACUUGUGUGAAUUGAGUAGGGGCUUUAUGCUCACAACUAGAACUGACUGAAAACGUGGCAAUAGUCUUGAGUCUUUUUAGGAGUGAUUUUGCUAGUUUGACUUCUCCAAAGCCUCUGUGCAGGUUGUAGGGGUGAAUCAAAGCACUAACAGACCAGGCAACUUACCACUUGGAGUGGUCUUGCCUUCCUUUUGCCCCCUCCCAUUUUCUGUUUUUGAAUUAUUUAUCUUGUGACAUCUGUUUGCCUUUCCCAAGGAGUAUUCCAUUUGUCUACCUAACAUUGACUUAUGUUUUAGACUGACACCAUUUUAAGCUCAGUGAAGGUACCAACAAGUUAAUGACAUCACCUACACUCCACUAAUGGAUGCUAUUAUGCUAAGAGAAGUGAAUAACAUUUUUCUUUGGCAGAAGAUGGGCUGAGAUACAAGGUGAUAUUGCUGUUGGCCUGAAUAUGUGAUAGAACUUCUGGUUGCCUAUUGAUAAUUCAUCUAUGUAUGAUGAAUGAAUGAAUCUGCUUCCGUCCCUUUGUACUUUUCUUGGAGCUGGCUAUAAAGAAGCAUUUGUUCUGUAUUCUUUUCAACAGUAUUAUAGCUCAACUUCAUGUCGAUGAAUUGUUCCCAUAGACCAGAGUACAGUCUUUUCAGCAACACCUGCAGACAUUGUUAGGAAUCACCACGAACAUAAUCAACAAAGGAUAGAAGUACAGUUGUACAAUAGUACCUACAUGGGAGAUCUUCCCCAAAAGAAGCCAAAUGCUUAUAAUUAAUGUGUAAUUUAUUUGUUGAUGCUUUUGAAGUCAGGAUGGCUCCAGGUGUACUUAUAAUAGUCUCUCUAAAAGGGGGCUAUUUGGGAGUCACUCUCUGGGCCUCUGUUUUAGAGGCUGGCCAUCAUCAGAAAGGUGUUUGGCAUUCAGAGUUUUGUGCAGUAUACAAAUUGUCUCUGAAUUCUCAUUUUCCUAUGUACCUCAAUUUCCAAAAUAGAUGAAAAAAGUGGGUCACGGAGGAGUAAUCAGAUUUUUGCAUUCAGAUAUUCCUGUAAAGGUACACAGUCCCACCUUGCCUUGUUUGGUAGAUGGCUAAUACAAAGUUGAUCUUCCAAUAUGGAAAAACAAGACAACUGUUUUUGCUAAAGCACAUGUUAUAGUUCAGAAACAAUUUGAGUCUUAGUUUCUGACUCAUGAGGUAGAUUUAGGUAAUAGGCGUUAGAGUCCUUAGAGAAUGUUGAGAUCAUUUACUCCACCUCUUCUUUUUUAAUUUGGGGUAGCCAAAGCCCAAAGAGGUGGCCUGGCCAAGGUUGGCCAAAGUAGAUAAGUAACUAAAUAUGAGCUAAUGUUACCUCACUAUCUCUUGGCUUAAAAAGAUUUAGUACAUGAUCAAGAAUAUAUUAGCAAAAAGCUCACUUUGUGAAUCCCUGUUGAUUUUCCGAAACAGCCUGGAUUUUGCAAACAAAAUAUCACAGAAUGAUUUAUUUUUGUUAAUUCUUUUUUGGUUAGAAUGAACAUUCUUCCCAAGAAAGUGACUGAUUUGCUGGGUGUUGGUUAGGGAGGGAAAGGAAAGUAAGAAUAAACGUGAGAAGGAUCCAAAUGUGAAACAGAUUUUGUCUGGAAACAGUCUUUAUUUAGUUUUCACCUGGAUUUUCUGUUUUAUUUUUGAGCCGAGAGUGCAUGUACAGAUAAACCAAAAAUUAAGAUUAACUUGAGUAGUCAGAGGAAAUUCUUAUUGUUAUAACUUGAUGCAUUUACAUGUGAAUCUGAUUUGAGGUAUCAUUUCUACUUUUAUUAAAAGAUUUAAAAUGAAGAAUAAAAUUGAGUGAUUAGACUACUAGGUACCUUGUGCCUAAAGUCACUCUUAUAUGAUAUAAUGAUGCUGCCUAGCACUCUGAUUUUUAUAUGAUCCAGCCAAAGAGUACCAAUUCUAUGCAAUAGUGAUACACUAACAUGAUAACCAACAUUUUCUCUCAACAUCAUUUCAUCACAGAAAUUUCAAUUUGGAGUGCUUCCUUUGCUUGCAUUCAUGUCCUGUUUUUGUUACUGGUUUGAAGACUAAAAGGCAUAGAUUCAAAUAAGAUUGGUCUCUUUGGUUGGAGACUAUUACUGGGUUCAUUCAGUCAUUCAAGAAACAUUUAUUGAGCAUCAACUGUUGCCAGGCACUAUGCUACAUACUGAGGAUACGAAGGUAAGAUUGCUAUGGUCCCUGCCCUCACAGAGCUUAGUCUCAUGUGGUCUUAGGGAGAUAAAGUGUCCAUUUGAUUUUAUACAAGGAAUAAUAAAGGAAACUGCCUUGCUUUCUUUGAUCACCUAAAAUCAGCAUCUUCAUGAUUUUGUUAUCAGUAAAAGUUAUAGUUCUCACUUUUUGUAACUGCAAACCACUGAAGUGAUUUACAGUCUCCUCCAUGUCUUGGCUGGAGAGGUGUCCUGUUUCUGUGAGACAUUUUCUUAAUUUUGGUGGGACUUGACUUUUCUCCUUUGUUUAUACAUGUUUCAUAGAUUGUUUUGCAAAAUGGUCAAGUUAUUGGUAUAAAAUACGUUUUAUAGGGGGAGAUGACUUUCCAAACUAGUCAUAUUCUUAUAGAGGAAGAUUUUUAAAAACCUUAGUUAUUCAGCAUUGGUAUUGUAUGGAUUCCCAGGAUAUCUAAAGAGAGAACACUCUCUUUACCGUAGUUUGUUUUAAAAAAUUACUGUGUCACAGUUAUUUAUUUAUUAUUUAAUUUUAAAGACAAACUCCAAACUGAAGUGGCUCUGAGGUAAAUCAGAUGUGGUUUUAAUUUGUCUUAGUUUAUUAGAUCUAUAAAUGGAAGGUGACCAGUGUCAUUACUUCUAAAAUAUUGUCCUAAAUAAACAGCCCAGAACAUUUUAUUUCAGCUGGUGAAUAGCUGUUCUAAAUCUGUUGUAUGUUAGACAUACUAUGAACUACCUCUUCACUUAUUAUGGGGACGUUUCCUUAAUAAAAGUGUGACCAUUAAAACUC